UGAGACAUUAAAAACAAACAAAAAAAAACACUUCAAAAUUUCUCUUCGAUAAAACCCUCCAGAAGUUUCUCACAAACAGUUUUAUCCCCGAUAAAUUAUUGAAUUUCCCCCAAAAGCCCAGUAGUUUCUCUGACCAACCCAAAAAAUUGUGCAAAAACUAAAACUUCCCCAGGAAAAAAAAAAAAAACAAGAAAGAGAGAAGAAUCAGAUCUGAGAAAAAAACAAUGUGUUUUGUGUGUUUAUGCGAUGAGGAAGAGACAGAGUUAGGGAGACAACAGGCGCCUGGAUCAUGUCCAUACUGUGGAGGUAAAGUGCAAAUGCUUGAUGUCGAAAGAAAAUGGAUGUUUUGUUUCGUUCCUCUCUGUUUCAAGAUCAAGAGGAAGUAUCUGUGCUCUUCUUGCGAUCGCCGUCUCGUUUUGUAUCAUUAAAAUAAUAAUAUAUUCGAAAUUUCUUUCUUGAUUUCCUUCUUUUUUUCUUAAUGAUGAUAAAGUAGAUUAAUUAGCGUUUUUUAUCAAGGAAAAUAAUUUUAGUCGGUGGUUUUUGGUACGUUUUUAGUUUAUCUAUGUCGUCGUGUAAACAGACAUUGAUCUUUAGAAGUUAGAACUAUCUUGUUCAAUAUGGUCAAGUAUGAUGUACUUUUCUUUUGUCUUCGAGUGUCUUCUUAAGUCGGUCUAAAAUUAAUAUAUGUAAUGAAGUUUUAAAUGUAUAAUGAUGUAAUGAAGUUUGCAAAAUGUUCGA